CUCGUUUUGGGUUUCACGCCUAAUUAGAUACUAGAAUACGUCAAUGGAGUAAGGCGAUAUAUAAGUCUCUCUUAAACACAACUAGAUGGAGCUAGGAAGUCAAUAUUAAAGGAGAAAAUUAACAUCAACUACGAAAUCAAUUUUCUAUAUCAAUACUUUCAAUAGCUCAAGAAUUUGUGACUAUUGAGCUAUGAUUCUAUGAAUUCUAGAGCUAUGUUCUUAUCAUUAAGACCCUGUUCACUUCCAUUUUCGUUUCCUGUUUUCAUGUGAUAAAUUUGGCAACUGAAAUGAGAAAACUUGUUUACUUUUCAUUCUGUUUUCUAUUCGUUUCCAACUAUGAAAACAGAAAGUGGCAACUUCCUGCUGUUUUCGGAAAUGACAAAAUGUUGUUUUCACCUAUUUUCAACAUCUGUUUUCUCAAAAACAGGAAACAGAAAUGAAAGUAAACAGGGUUAUUAAUCAUUUUAACUGAAGUGAUGAAGUGUUGUAAAUUAUUAUUUCAUUCAUCAUGUAGUGUGAAUAGUUUUUUUUCCCGAACGCCUAGGCACGCUUAAUCUACACCUAGGCGAGCUAGGCGCUAGGCAAAAACUCAACGCCCGUAUUAUGUUUAGCGCCUUUUUGAACCUUAUUGAGGAGACUACCUUAACAUAGAGAUGAAUAUAACCCUAAUUGUUCUUUCUUUCUUGUAAAAACCAAGGUGAUUUCGGGAAAGUCAUUCAAUUCAAUGACAGAUCGACCGUUGGAUUGCUUCCAUUAUUGAACGCCUAAUAAGCACUUUGUGAGCAUCUUAACCGUUGCUGACCGAUCGAUCUAUUGGCCUUUGAGCAUCCAGAAAUUUCUGGUCCAUGGACCCACACCUCGUGAAUGAUAUGAUAUGCACCACUCAUCCACAUUGCGUUGCCUCUACGGCUCUACGCACGCGUUGAGAAAGCGUCCUCCAAAAUAGCCGUAUCCCGUAAGGUUCCCUCAUCCAAUCACAGCCGUCCGCUUACUCCGUUACCCCCAUCUUCCACCGUCAACGCGUGAACAAGAAAGGGUAAUAUAGUAAUCCGUCAAAUCCAACCGAGUCCAUUCGAGAAGCGGUUUACAGGCUGAACCGGUUUAUCCCGACCGACAGCGACUCUCGCUAUCUCCCACUAUAUAAACCAUCCCCCGCCCUUCCUGCUUCUUCAUAUUCGCAUCCUUCCGAGUUCAGGACAAACAAGCUUCCUUCCAACGCACGCAGUUCUCCGCCAGGUGAGUCGGUCUUCCCCAACUCGCUCGCUUUCUCUUUUCCACCAAUAAUAUAUUUCCUUCCUUCGCUCUGCUUGUUUAAUAUUAGCGAUCAAUCUUCAGUCCUUGUCAUCUUUGAUCAUCUCGUUCCUUGGUCGAUUUGGAGCUUUGAAUUGUGUGUUCAAAUGAUCGUAUAUGCUUAAACUACUAGAUUUGUCAUGUUUUCGUUUCUCUCCGAUUGUUAGCUGCUUUCAUCGUAUAAAGAAAUUGUUAGAGAAUUGUUAGAUCCUCCUAUGCUGAUCAGUAUGUUGGUUCCUUUUCCUCUGCGAAUUUGUUUUGCUGAUAAUCUGUUCGAUGAAAAGCCGCUCCCAUUGAAUUUCAUGGGCACGUUUCUCCUGCUGCUAACGAACCUUAUUUCUAUGAUUUGUUCCGCAGAGGAAACAAGUUCUAAAACAAGCAAAGUACAUGGUUGAACUAGACUUCCAGAUCCCCUCUGCUAUCGACCCCUUUGCCGAGGCCAAAGACUCGUCGGGAACGAAAGCGAAGGUGCACAUCAGGGUGCAGCAGAGGAAUGGGAAGAAGUGCCUGACCACGGUCCAGGGGCUGCCGAAAGACUUCAGCUACGAGAGGAUACUCAAGGACGUGAAGAAGGAUUUCUGCUGCAACGGCAACGUAGUGAAUGACAAGGAGCUGGGGAAGGUUAUUCAGCUCCAGGGCGACCAGCGCAAGAACGUCCAGGCCUUCCUGGUCCGUUCCAAUCUCGCCACCAAGGACCAGAUCCAGAUUCAUGGUUUCUAGGCCACUCUAGCCGCUCAGUCUGUGUGCUUUGAUUGAAUGUUGCCCGCCCUAUAAUAGUGGUUUGUGAUAGUUGUUGAAUAACAGCCUUGUGCUCGAUUGUGUUGCUCGUUCCGCUUUUUGGUUUGUUUUGUUUUGUUUUCCCCGAUGGGGUUGAUGACAUUCGAAUGUAACGUUUCUCAAGAUCCGUUAAUAAUGGUUCAACUGGUUGUCUCCGGAUUUAUGAUU